AUGACGUCCUCCGAAUACAGCAGCCACUUCUCCAUCGCCAACAUCCCUUUCGGAGUAGCAUCGUCCAAUAACCAUCCCGAGCCGCAAUGCGUCACUCGACUGGAGAAUAAAGUGAUUUUCCUAGGCGUGUUACAACGAUCUGGCCUAUUCGCUGGAGUCCCCAGUCUGCCGGAGGGAGUAUUUGACAAGGCAACUCUCAAUGACUAUGCAGCUCUGCCCAAGACAAUCCACCGCGAGGUGCGAAAAGUGCUUCAAGAGGCAUUGACAACAUCAUUGUCGGACAAAAGUACCGAGGACAUCAGCGCCGUUACGCUUCAUCUGCCUGUUUCUGUCGGUGGCUUCACAGAUUUUUCAUGCAGCCUUCAUCAUGUCCGCAAUGCGGGUCGAGCAAUUCUUAAUGAUGAAAGUCCUCCACCGGGCUUUUUCAAUUUCCCAAUCGGGUAUAAUGGUCGUGCUAGUACGAUCGUCGUCUCCGGGACCCCGAUCGUCAGACCCAAUGGCCAUUUCUUUGAUAAGAUGGCAGCGUCUGAAAAGAAACCCAUCGUCUACGGUCCAUCAAGGGCGAUGGAUUGGGAGUUGGAGAUUGGUGUCAUUGUCGGACAAGGGGUCCCACGUUUGCAAGGAUUGAACGCGAAAGACGCGGAUGAGAAUAUCUUUGGAUUUGUCAUUUUGAACGACUGGAGUGCUCGGGAUAUCCAAGGCUGCGAAAUGGUUCCCCUCGGCCCACUGAAUGGCAAGGCAUUUGGAACAAGCAUCUCGCCUUGGGUGGUUACCUUGGAUGCCCUGUCACCAUUCAAAACAGCAGGACCCAAGCCGGAAGUUGCACUGGCAAGCCACCUGGAAGACAUUGCCGAAUCCGGGUAUGCGAUUGAUAUGAGGGUGGAACUUCUUGUCGGAGAUCAAGUGACCACUAUUAGCGAAUCGAAAGUACAGGACUUGCACUGGAGUGGACGACAAAUGUGUGCCCAUCUCGCAAGUAUUGGGGCCGAUCUUCAGACUGGAGAUAUCCUGGGUACUGGCACAGUCAGCGGCCCAGAGGAAGGGAGCUUAGGCUGCUUGCUGGAGAUCACCAAGGCUGGCAAGGAGCCAGUGACAUUGAGCGAUGGUGCCGAGAGACAUUUCUUGCAGGACUGGGAUGUUGUUCGUAUGACAGCGGUGGCCGGCGGAUCAACUUCCGGGGUUGGAUUCGGAGAAUGUGUUGGCCAGCUGCGACCAGCAAGGGCGCUGUAG